UUGCGCGCGCGUACGAGCUUAAUGAUUUACACCAGAUUGUUUGUCUGCAUUGACAUUCUUGCCGUCGGAAAAAGUUCUAUCUCAGAUAAAACUGCUUUUUCGGUAUUGUCUUUAAAAGCGAUUCGUUAUUCAGUUUUUAAAGAUCUAAUAUAUAAAUUUUCAACGAUGGCAGACAUGUCCAUAAAUAUUGUUACCCCGCGAAAAAUGUCCUUUGGUAUUAAUGGAAAAUUAAAUGGGUUGGAAAGUAAAACACCAUUUUUAAUCGGAGUUUCAGGUGGUACUGCCAGUGGAAAAUCAACUGUAUGUAAACGUAUAAUGGAAAAACUAGGGCAAGUAGAUAUGGAUCACAUGCAGCGACAAGUAGUUUGUAUUUCACAAGAUAGUUUUUAUCGAGAUUUAUCACCUACCGAAAAACUUAAAGCUGAGAAAGGUCAAUAUAAUUUCGAUCAUCCAGAUGCAUUUGAUAAUGAUUUGAUACUUCAAACUUUACAAGAUAUACUGGCUGGGGUGAAAUGUGAAAUACCAGCUUAUGAUUACAGAACAAACAGUCUAAUGAAGGAUCAGAUUACAACAAUCUAUCCUGCGGAUGUAGUGUUAUUUGAAGGAAUUUUAAUAUUCUAUUUUCCUAAAAUACGAGAAUUAUUUCACAUGAAACUGUUUGUUGAUACCGAUUCAGAUACCAGAUUGGCUAGGAGAGUGCCAAGAGAUAUAAAAGAGAGAGGAAGAGAUUUAGAUUAUGUAUUAAAUCAAUAUAUGAAUUUUGUCAAGCCUGCGUUCGAAGAGUUCUGUCUUCCUACCAAAAAAUUUGCUGAUGUCAUUAUACCAAGAGGUGCAGACAAUACAGUGGCAAUAGACCUUAUAGUGCACCACAUCUGGGACAUUUUGCGUUUGAAAAAGGCUGAAAACUCAUCCGGGCAGCAUCCAUACUUCUACCAACAUAAGCGUUCCUCGACUUCAUCCGAUACACUCACCAGAUGAUUUAAGCAUAAUAUGCUCACUUAUAAAAACUAUGUCUCUAUAUAUCAUACAUUUGUGUAGAAUCGAAUUUUCAAUAAUCUUUUAAUUUUUUUCUUUUCCUCUCUUUCUCUCUCUUUUUUUCUUUCUUUCUUUCUUUCUUUCAUUUUUUUUUUUUUUUUUUUUUUUUUUUAACAACUUAAUCCAAUCCCCCUUCUAUACUCUCAUACAAAUGUAUUACAUUUACACUGAGCAACCAAAAAUAUUGCUUCUAGUGUGUAUGCAUUCAUUCAACUCUGUGGAUGAAAUUAAUUUUACGCUGUUCCUAAAGCAUGAACAAAAUACAUAAUUAUAUGAAGUA